CUCUAUCCCUGCAAGAGGCGGAGCAGAGGCCUCCCGGAACCCGGAAGUUACGAUGGUACCCAGAGCCCCGCCUUUCCCUACUGCACACCUUUUCCCGCCGCGGUUCCAUACUCGGCUGUGGAGCUCCCUCCGUCCUGCGUCUCCAGCCUCGACACGAGGCCUGGAAAAGAUGGAGGAGCUUCACCAGAGGGACUCACUGGGGCUAUGUUGCUUCCUCAACAAGGAGCCUGGAGUGCCAGGGAUGGCCUUGGAGAGGGACAGACUCCCAGCCCAGAAGGAGAAAUCAGACCUGAAAUUAAAGCAAAUCCAGCAGCGGUAAAAGUGGUAAACCUACAAGGAUUCGUUAGUGAAGGUCCUGAUAACUUUGCUUCCAGGGAAUUCAGUAUUCCAUCUCAAAAUUCAUCUCAUGUUGAACAUCAAAGAAUGCAUCCUGAGGAAAAAUCUAGUGAAAAUAAUCAGUGUGAAAAGACUUUUAUGCACAGGGCCAGUCUUUCUGGACAUCAGAGAAUCCACACUGGUGAGGAACUUCAUGAAUACAAGCAAGCUAAUCAUUGGGGAAUCCACUUUGAGUUGAAAGCUUAUGAAUGCAAGCAGUGUGGAAAGAUAUUCAGAAGGAGGUCCCAUCUUGUUGACCAUCAAAGAAUCCAUACUGGGGAGAAACCUUAUGAAUGCAAGCAAUGUGGAAAGACAUUCAUUCAGAGCUCCCAACUUGCUGUACAUGAGAGAAUCCACACUGGCGAGAAACCUUAUGAAUGCAAGCAAUGUGGAAAGACAUUCAGCCAGAAGUCCAGUGUUUCUGAACAUCAGAGAAUCCACACCGGAGAGAAACCUUAUAAAUGCAAGCAAUGUGGAAAGGCAUUCUGUACUAGAUCCACUGUUGCUCGACAUCAGAGAAUCCACACUGGGGAGAAACCUUAUGAAUGCAAGCAAUGUGGGAACACAUUCAGUCAGAGCUCCCGUCUUGCUCAUCAUCAGAGAAUCCAUGCUGGGGAGAGACCUUAUCAAUGCAAGGAAUGUGGAAAAGCAUUCACUCUGAGAUCCAGUCUUGCUCAACAUCAGAGAAUUCACACUGGGGAGAAACCUUAUGAAUGCAAGCAAUGUGGGAAGACAUUCAUUCAGAGCUCCCAACUUGCUGUACAUGAGAGAAUCCACACUGGGGAGAAACCUUAUGAAUGCAAGCAAUGUGGAAAGACAUUCAGCCAGAAGUCCAGUGUUUCUGAACAUCAGAGAAUCCACACCGGAGAGAAACCUUAUAAAUGCAAGCAAUGUGGAAAGGCAUUCUGUACUAGAUCCACUGUUGCUCGACAUCAGAGAAUCCACACUGGGGAGAAACCUUAUGAAUGCAAGCAAUGUGGGAAGACAUUCAGUCAGAGCUCCCGUCUUGCUCAUCAUCAGAGAAUCCAUGCUGGGGAGAGACCUUAUCAAUGCAAGGAAUGUGGAAAAGCAUUCACUCUGAGAUCCAGUCUUGCUCAACAUCAGAGAAUUCACACUGGGGAGAAACCUUAUGAAUGCAAGCAAUGUGGAAAGACAUUCAGAAGGAGGUCCUAUCUUGUUGACCAUCAAAGAAUCCAUACUGGGGAGAAACCUUAUGAAUGCAAACAGUGUGGAAAGGCAUUCUGUCGUAGAUCCACUCUUGCUCACCAUCAGAGAAUCCACACUGGGGAGAAACCUUAUGAAUGCAAGCAGUGUGGAAAGGCAUUCUUUAGUAGAUAUACUCUUACUCAACAUCAGAGAAUCCACACUGGGGAGAAACCUUAUGAAUGCAAGCAAUGUGGAAAGACAUUCAGCCGGAAGUCCUGUGUUUCUGAACAUCAGAGAAUCCACACUGGAGAGAAACCUUAUAAAUGCAAGCAAUGUGGAAAGGCAUUCUGUAGUAGAUCCACUGUUGCUCAACAUCAGAGAAUCCACACUGGGGAGAAACCUUAUGAAUGCAAGCAAUGUGGGAAGACAUUCAGUCAGAGCUCCCGUCUUUAGCAACAUCAGAUAAUCCAUACUGGGGAGAAACCUUAUGAAUGCAAGCAAUGUGGAAAAGCAUUCUAUAUGAGCUUCAGUCUUGUGAGACAUCAGAGAAUCCACACUGGGGAGAAUCCUUAUAAAUGUAAACAGUGUGGAAUGAUAUUCAAUCAGAGGUUCGGUCUUGCUGCGCAUAAGAGAAUCCACACUGGGGAGAAAUCUUAUGAAUGCAAACAAUGUGGAAAGGCAUUCAGAUGGAGGUCCCGUCUUUCUGAACAUCAGAGAAUCCACACCGGAGCGAAACCUUAUGAAUGCAAGCAAUGUGGAAAGGCAUUCUGUAUUAGAUCCACUCUUGCUCAACAUCAGAGAAUCCAUACUGGGGAGAAACCUUACAAAUGCAAGCAAUGUGGGAAGACAUUCAGUCAGAGCUCCACUCUUGCGAAACAUCAGAGAAUCCACACUGGGGAGAAUCCUUAUGAAUGCAAACAAUGUGGAAAGACAUUCAGUCAGACCUUCCAUCUUCUGAGACAUCAGAGAAUGCAUACUGUGGAGAAAUCUUAUGAUUGUAAGCAAUGUGGAAAUGCAUUCAGUCAAAGAUCCUGUCUUGCUGAACAUAAGAGAAUCCACACUGGUGAGAAACCUUAUGAAUUCAAGUAAUGUGGAAAGACAUUCAGUCAGAGGUCACAUCUUGCUGAACAUCAGAGAAUCCACACUGGUGAGAAACCUGAGGAAUGCAAGUAAUGUGGAAAGGCAUUCUGCAUUAACUUCAGUCUUGUGAAACAUCAGAGAGUCCACGCUGGGGCAAAACCUUAUGAAUUGCUGCAAUGUGGAAAGAUAUUGUCAUAGCUCCUAUCUUUCCAGACAACAGAAAAUCCACACUGAGGAGAAAAGUCAGGAAUAUUACCAAUGUGAAAAGACAUACAGUUUCACCUCUCAUUUUGCUGUACAUCAGAAAACGUACACUAGUGAGAACCUUGAGAAUAAAAGCUUUGUGGAAGGAUGUUCCUAUACAGUGCCUGUCUUGUUAUUGCGUGAAGGAAAUUUACCCUCCCCACCUUUCUAGGGCAGCAUUGUGCAAUUACAAAUCUGUAACCAUAAAAUCUUAUUUUUAGUA